AUGCCACCGUCGACAACACGCCAGCUCCUGGGAGAGGGGACAAUAAAUGAUCUCCCAGGAGCUGGCAACGACGGUAACACCAUCUGCAUGGGGCUGGCAUUAUACGGCACAGAAGCUGCCACCUACGUGUUCAGCGGGCUGACCAUGCCACCAACCAACAACAUCGCAUGGGGCUGGCAAUAUGGAAAAAGCUGCCUGCGUGUUCAGCGGGCUGACCAUGCCACCAACCAACAACAUCGCAUGGUUAGCCCGCUGAACACGUAG